GGCCGUUAGCUGUCAGAGCCAAGCGGCGGGCUGGCGGCGGGCUCCGACGUCUGCGCCAGGACCCGGCGGGCUGAGCCCGGCGCAGCAGCCGCAGCCAGGGCAGCGCGGCCCCUACUCCCGGUCAGGUCGUAGAGGCGAACUGGUCGCCGGCCCCUCGGGCAAGAUGGGGAACCGGGAGAUGGAGGAGCUGAUCCCACUGGUGAACCGUCUGCAGGACGCCUUUUCGGCGCUGGGACAGAGCUGCCUGCUGGAGCUGCCGCAGAUCGCCGUGGUGGGCGGCCAGAGCGCCGGCAAGAGCUCGGUGCUCGAGAACUUCGUGGGCAGGGACUUUCUUCCUCGAGGGUCGGGCAUUGUAACAAGACGACCUCUUGUGCUGCAGCUUGUUACCUCUAAAGCAGAAUAUGCUGAGUUUCUACAUUGCAAAGGAAAGAAAUUUACAGAUUUUGAUGAAGUUCGCCAUGAGAUUGAAGCAGAAACAGAUCGCGUGACUGGAAUGAAUAAAGGCAUUUCCUCCAUACCCAUUAAUUUACGAGUCUAUUCCCCACAUGUGUUAAAUCUAACCCUUAUUGAUCUACCUGGAAUAACUAAAGUGCCCGUGGGAGAUCAGCCACCAGAUAUCGAGUAUCAGAUCAGAGAAAUGAUUAUGCAGUUCAUCACGAGGGAGAACUGUCUGAUUUUAGCUGUUACUCCAGCCAACACUGAUCUUGCAAACUCAGAUGCGCUGAAGCUAGCUAAAGAAGUUGAUCCUCAAGGUCUGAGAACCAUUGGAGUUAUCACCAAACUGGACCUUAUGGAUGAAGGAACGGAUGCCAGGGAUGUUCUAGAGAACAAACUGUUGCCUCUUCGCAGGGGUUACGUGGGGGUGGUAAACAGAAGCCAGAAGGACAUAGAUGGGAAGAAGGACAUAAAGGCAGCCAUGUUGGCAGAGAGGAAGUUUUUCCUUUCCCACCCGGCUUACAGACAUAUCGCUGACCGAAUGGGAACCCCACACCUGCAGAAGGUCCUUAAUCAGCAACUUACCAACCACAUUCGGGAUACCCUACCAAACUUCAGGAACAAACUACAGGGACAGUUGCUCUCCAUAGAACAUGAAGUAGAAGCCUACAAAAAUUUCAAACCAGAAGAUCCAACCAGGAAGACCAAAGCAUUGCUGCAGAUGGUUCAGCAAUUUGCUGUGGACUUUGAGAAGAGAAUUGAAGGGUCAGGGGAUCAAGUAGAUACCCUGGAACUCUCAGGUGGUGCUAAAAUCAAUCGUAUUUUUCAUGAACGCUUUCCUUUUGAGAUAGUAAAGAUGGAGUUCAAUGAGAAAGAAUUGCGAAGAGAAAUAAGCUAUGCAAUCAAAAACAUACAUGGUAUCAGGACAGGAUUGUUUACUCCAGACAUGGCAUUUGAAGCGAUAGUCAAGAAACAGAUUGUAAAGUUGAAAGGGCCUUCUUUGAAGAGUGUGGAUCUGGUAAUACAAGAAUUAAUCAACACUGUGAAGAAGUGUACCAAAAAACUGGCAAACUUCCCCAGGCUCUGCGAGGAAACGGAAAGGAUUGUUGCUAACCACAUUCGUGAGCGAGAAGGGAAGACAAAGGACCAGGUAUUGCUAUUGAUUGACAUUCAAGUCUCUUACAUCAACACCAACCAUGAAGACUUCAUUGGCUUCGCAAAUGCUCAACAGAGGAGCAGUCAGGUUCACAAGAAAACCACAAUUGGAAAUCAGGGAACCAAUCUUCCGCCUUCAAGGCAAAUUGUGAUUCGCAAGGGGUGGCUCACCAUCAGCAACAUUGGCAUCAUGAAAGGGGGCUCGAAGGGAUACUGGUUCGUCCUUACUGCGGAAAGCUUGUCCUGGUAUAAAGAUGAUGAGGAAAAAGAAAAGAAGUACAUGCUUCCCUUGGACAACCUGAAAGUUCGGGAUGUGGAAAAGAGCUUUAUGUCUAGCAAGCACAUCUUUGCACUCUUUAAUACAGAGCAAAGGAAUGUAUACAAAGACUAUCGCUUCCUUGAGCUGGCAUGUGAUUCCCAGGAGGAUGUCGACAGCUGGAAGGCAUCUCUACUAAGAGCUGGGGUCUAUCCUGAUAAAUCAGUAGCUGAAAAUGAUGAGAAUGGCCAAGCAGAAAACUUUUCCAUGGACCCACAAUUGGAGAGGCAAGUGGAGACCAUUCGCAACCUCGUAGACUCCUACAUGUCCAUUAUCAACAAAUGUAUCCGAGAUCUAAUUCCAAAAACAAUAAUGCACCUUAUGAUCAAUAACGUUAAAGAUUUCAUAAAUUCAGAGCUCCUAGCACAGCUGUAUUCUUCAGAGGACCAAAAUACUCUGAUGGAGGAAUCUGCUGAGCAGGCUCAGCGCCGGGAUGAGAUGCUACGAAUGUAUCAAGCCCUAAAAGAAGCCCUUGGGAUAAUUGGGGACAUCAGCACGGCCACCGUGUCCACUCCGGCACCCCCUCCAGUGGAUGAUUCCUGGAUACAACACUCUCGCAGGUCACCUCCUCCAAGUCCCACAACCCAAAGGAGGCCAACACUAAGUGCUCCCCUCACAAGGCCCACAUCCGGCCGAGGACCAGCUCCUGCCAUUCCCUCUCCAGGCCCCCACUCUGGGGCUCCCCCAGUCCCAUUCCGUCCAGGCCCAUUACCUCCUUUCCCCAGCAGCAGUGACGCCUUCGGAGCCCCUCCACAAGUUCCGUCUAGGCCCACGAGGGCCCCACCCAGUGUCCCAAGCCGGAGACCACCCCCAUCACCAACUCGUCCCACUAUAAUCCGCCCACUAGAAUCCUCCCUGUUAGACUAAAUGAAGUGUCUGCCAUGGCAAUUAAUCACUAAUGAAUUAUGCGAAAGCAACAUAUUUGAUUACCAUUGCAGUAAAUCAUGAGUAGUCGCAUGUGUGGACAUCAGUAGGCAAGUAACCAGUUUUACUAAUGCGUUCAUCACUCAUCUUCAUUGCUCAUGGUACGUCAAAUCUUUGGGGUUUGACGCGAAAACUGCUGACCUUUAGCGGCUUUAUAUGUUGUGCUGACCAAGGUAGGUUUGUAUAGCAGCCCUAUACUUUGGGGAUCAUUUGCCUACCAUGGCAUAUAUUUGAAAUUGCUUUGGACAAGUUUUCUAGGCUAUCUACCAGGUAGCUCAUUAAAUAUAAUUAUUCAAAUAUGAGAUAGUGGGCUUAGACCUAAGCCAUAUAUAUUUCUUUUCCCACAUUCUGUUUAGGAUGAGAGUAAUUCUGUUGUCUACCUUGAAUGCUACUACCUACUCCAUAAUUGCCUAUUUAGCUCCUCUUUUCUUCCUUUUUAUGUCAUAAGACUGCUAGGAAGUGAUUUUUUUAAAUUAGGACUCCUUAAGAAUAAACUUUUCCAGAAGCACGAGGUAGUUUGCAAAGGAAAAGUCUGCACUAUUUGCUCUGAAGAGCUUCUCCUCAUUCCAAUGUGUUUUGCUUCAUGCUAGAAGCAUAUGCAACAGUGAAUAAAAGCUUCUUUUUUUGUUAAUCAGUCAAUAAAUUUGGCUAAUUAGUUUCAGAGUUCAAGGAAGAAGCAAAAUAUCACAUCUCUAGAAGUGUUGGGAAAAAUGUAAUUUUUUUCUUUACUUAUAUUAACCUCAUGGUGGGUUAUAUUGAAGGCUGACAUGGAUAAUGUUUACUUUUCUAUUUGCUCUAAUUUUUGGCAUAGCUAACUACACUUUGAUACUAACUCCAGUUUUACUAUUAUUAUUUUGGUUGGAGAAAAAAAAUCACUCUUUACAUGCUAAUUUGUAAUCCUGAUAUGUAAGAAUUUAUCCUACCUUUGAAACAGGUUCAGUGUAACUUUGUAUCCAUUAUAGGCUUUCUUAAUAAAUCUUGAGGCUAUAGGAUAAUCACAUUUAAAGAAUGGUUCCUGAAAUGAAGUCAGUAGAAGAUGACAUGGGAUAAGAGCAGAGCUCACACUUUUACAGUUGUAGUAUUUCAAAGAGUCCCUAUCCAGGUCACUCCAGAAAAGGGUAUUGAAACAUUGAAAUCUAAAGCAAAUUUGCAAUUUCUUAAGAUUUCUAAAAUUUACCAGAACAGUUUAGCCUGGGGGUUAAUAGUUCAGUAUUGAGGCUAAGUUUUGGACUACCUAGGACCAGAUGAUUCACAUGUAGGAAACAGCCAGAAGCCAACUGGAAUUUUUGUGUGCUAACUGUUCCCAGACAGCAGAGCAAGUAUUCACUGAGUAGGGGUGUCCCAUGACACUAUUUCAUAUUCUACAGAAGUAAAUCAGGUUUCACCAACUGAAAUGUCUCCCUUUGAAAGUAGCAAACAUGAUUUGUAUGUUAACUUAACUUUCAUUUCCUGUGUAGUUUAUACCCAGAGCAGAUACUCAUAAAGUAUAAAGUAAAAACUUUUAACCAUUAUUAAAAAGAGAACUUGCCGUGUUGAGUGGUGUUGUAUUGACCUUCUUCUAAAGGCUUACAGCUAGCCCAUUUAUAAUUGGUAAAAAUCACAAAAUACAAGAUUUACCUAAAGGUCAUUUCAACUUUUAAGGUUACAAGUGAUUGUAUAAAAAUAUCACAAUCCUAAAUCCUCUCGUAUCUCACCCCAAACCCCAAACUGGGGAAAACAAGUUAACUCUUUGUGAAUGGAACCAAUGUGCGAGAUACAUACUGCAUUUUAAAAACAGUGUCUCAGCUAAAUGGAAAAAAUGUUAAGCAAACAUCCAUAGUAAAACAAAUAAUCUUCAGUGAGAUAUUUUUAUAAAACUUCUUGUUUUUAGGAUUCCCUUUGCUUCUUCCUUUGAAUUCUCUAAAAUAGGCAGCUAACAGAUUAUAUACUUCAGGGUUUGGCUUUGUGCUAAAUGUGGUUUUGUGUUUUGCUGUAUUUCAAAAUUUUCCUUCUGUUAAAGGAAAAUAUUGUGAAUAACCACUGGUGUGUUCUUAGAUCAGCACAAACCAUGUCAAAAAAAAAAAUUGGAGAUUUUUUUUUCCAAUUUUCCUUCCACUGAUCUUAGGCGGUAAUAAACAAUGGCAUUUGUCAUCUUUGGCAUUUGCUUUUAGAUUAUAGUCCCACAGUUGCACUGCCCCAAUUGUCUACCUUUGUGGGUACAUUUUUGUUCUUUACUCCUAAGUUAUUUCUAAUAGUACCCAGCCUACCCUAGAAUUUCAGCAGUGACACUGGAGAAUUUUAAUUUGCUACAGUGCUAUGUCAUAUUAUUAGUAUGAAUCUCAUUUCCCAAAGGGUUUGUAUUCUGCUAAAAGGAGAUGCCAAUGUUGAAUGAAGUCUGAAACUCUAGGAUGUGCAUAGGUUGAGGUGCAGCAUGCACACCAGGCCUUAAGAUGGGAAUGUAGCUUAAUGAGCUUUCUGUUUCCCAUAUCAUUUCUAAUCUUUUGUGUAAUUUCCUCUUAACUGAUUGCUCUGAUAUUGUAAACACAAUAGAUGUAGCUCUAUCAUGUCUAGCAUAAUUUAAAAAAUCAGUGUUUUUAGGAUUUGGGAAAAUAAACUAUAAAUGUUUAUUUGAUAGGUAAAUAUAGUUUUAUUGUCACAUGCUAAAUCUUGCAUGCAUAAUGACUAAUUAAAAUAACCAUUCACUCAAUUAUGGACAGAUUAUUGAAAUAGUAUUGAUUCAGAACAAGUAUAUUGCAUUUCUAAAAAAAACUACCAAGGUUACUUGUCUGAAUAUUGCUUUUAGCUGUGUUUUAUAACAUAGACGAGGAGUAGGGUCUGUUUAUUAGCAAAUUUCCUAUUUGUUCUAAUACAAACUCACUUUAUUCUAAAGUAUAUUAAUGAAACCAGUUCCUGUGAUGUAACUAUAAGCCUUCUGGACUUAGAAGUAAAAAGUGGUCACAUAGAUUAAUUUUGUGACUUUUUAGUAUAGACUUCGUAGCCAUAAUUCUCAAAUAUGAAAUGGGACCUAAUACCAGUAUGUGAUACACAUUGAUGUUUUCUGUGUACAAACACAUUUUCUAUGCAUGUGUCUCUGUGUAUAUGAUAUGGACCUAGUAAAUAUGUUUCUGUAAGUAUGUGUAUUUUAUGUCCAUUUGAGUAGGUAGGUUUAAAAAUACUCGUUAAAAUGCCACAAGCAUGAGUGUGAUUGUAUGUGCAUUGCGUGUAUAUAUAUAAAUAUAUGUAUAUGUAUGGUUGUAAAUAUCUAUGUAUACAUGUACUUAGUAUGUGUAGUAUCAGAUAUUUUUUAAACUGUGAUAAUACAACAGAUAGCUUUGGAUGAUCUGCCAUAACACAUGGUAACAAUGGUUUGUUUCUCAUAACGUAUAUGAGGGAUACAACAUUUUCUAACUCCAGGUUGUUGUCAUUUUGAGAGGUAUAAAGCUCAUAAUUACCAUGGCAACAUGGUUAUGUCCAUAGACAUUUGUAUCUGAAUCCACAGCACUUCUAUCUAAGAAGGAAUUACCUUUGACAAUAUUUUUGGGGAACAAGUAAAAUCUGGAGACCUAUCUUUAAGAUCUCUAAUUGGAAUUAUAAAUUAUUUUUGGGUUGCUGAGCUGAAUCUUAAAAAGCUAAGUUGAUAUACAUAGUCAUUUUUCCUCUGUGGUAGAAGUAAAAAAAAUAAAGGGACACAGCAACAUUAAAGUAGUGGAUUUUUCUGAGUAAAUUUGCUGAAAAUAGAAGGGAGAAGCUCUCUAACACCUUGAAGGUAGGUCAUCCCCUUUUUCAGGUAAACAUUUUUCAUUUGGCAAAUGGCGUAAUUAUUUGAAAGUAACAGGAAUCUCCUCAGAAUGAAGAAUAAAGCCUAAUAGGUCUCUAACUGUUGAACUCAUGAAAGAAGAUAGUGUAUGAGUCUGAAGCCAUGAGUUUUGUAUCAUUUCAAUUAGAAGACUACUAGCUGUGAGCUCAGAGUUUAAUGUAAAUGAAUCUAGAUGAUUUUGGAGAAAUGAUUAUUAGUUCACCAGAUCACUCAUUAUACGUUCUAAAAAGCUCAAAUGUGUCUUCUAGAUACUCUUACUCAUCCUAUCUAAUUGGUAUGUUUAAAAUUAUGUGGUGCUGUGUAGGUGAAACUUUAAGAAUAUUUUUGAAGCAUAUGUGAUAUAUGCACUGCUAUUUGUGUAUGUGUGUCUUUGUAUAUAUGUAAGAGUGUGUAUAUGUGUGAGAGCAAGAGAGAGGAAACUCAAUGAGGAGUGCUUGUCUUAAGACCUGUUCAUACUGGUAUAUUGGUGAGACUUUUCACCUCUGUUCGGAAGUUUCACACAUGGCUUAGCUCAAGUCAUUAAUCUCUUUUUAAUUUUUACUCUUGAAUUCCUUAAACUUUGCUCAUUGUGAAAUGUUUUAAAAUUAUGACAAAAAUUACUGUAACCUCUUGCCUUGUCUGCUACCAGUUUGUUAAAAAUUAUUCCCCCCAACCAGUAAUUCCACCACUAUUACUUGAUUUGUGUUUUAUUUCCUAUGUAACAGCCUUUGUUUUGCUUGCUUGUCUAAUUUUACUUUCCCUUUUUUGGGUCAAAUUUUUCUUUUGCUUUUUUUGAAGAAGGAAUAUACAGAAGCAAAAUCUUGUCUUCUCUGUUGAUUCUUUAAUUAACAUGAGCCGGAUACUUUCCACUGUCUUCUUGGCACUUUCAGGAUUUCUUAAUGCUGAUAUAUGGACUCUUAGAAUGGAAUUUUUGAAGAAAAAGCUCAAAGCCUGUAUCAUUCUUGAAGGUCACAUGUAUCUAUUGUGAAAAUGUGAAGCUGUAUUUCUGAAGCUGAAAUAAAUUAUAACAUUUGAAGGA